AUGCCCACUGAUCACCUACUGCUAAUCGUCUUAUUCGGAAUUUUCUUGCAAGUGACAGUUCAGGCAACAACGACAAGGGAUGCGGACUCAGCGGAAGGUACAAUAAGAAAGACUAAUGAAACUGACGAGCUGACCUCGGCAAAUUCAAGCUUUGUGGUUAUCGAUGAGCCGGAUGUACAUAAGGAAAGCUUCGUUAAAACUGAAGAACCUCUCCUAAAAAUAAGACCGACCACCCGUGGUGCUCGUUUUCGAAAGGUAACACCAUCCUCAUGCCGUACAUAUUCUCUAAGUGAGAAAUAUCGAAUCCUUGAGGGUGUUGGAGCACGAAAUCAGCUUUACAUGGCAGAGACACCUGACGAAGCAUCGCUGGGUUUCGUUGCCCCAUCGUUACAAGAACAACAACCACAAUUUAAGGCAGCGUCUGCUGACAUGACUGAGGGAGUAGCUAUUCUCCGGCGGUCCAGCCGUACCAUUUUGCAAUAG